AUGUGGAAGAAUACGUUCAGAGUUGCGAUACAUGUCAACGCGCUAAAGCCUCAAACACACAAGAAGAAAGAGAUGUUGCAACCUUUAGAGGUCCUCUCUAUUCCUUGGAGUUCCAUUUCAAUGGACUUCAUCACCAAAGCAACCAUCGAAGAACUUGCUCAAAUCUUCCUCCGGGAGAUAUGGCGACUGCAUGGACUUCCUGAGGAGAUUAUCUCCGAUCAGGACUCUAGAUUCGAAACAUAUCGUCCUCAAACUGACGGGCAAACUGAGAGAGUCGACCAAACGCUAGAACAGUAUCUCAAAAAACUAUUGCUUCUGUCAGCGGGACGAUUGGGCAGAGUUACUCCCGCUUGCCAAGUACGCCUACAACACGGCCACCCAAGAGUCAACCAAAGCAUCGCCAUUCUACGCGAACUAUAG